GGUGAAACUCUUAUAGGAAGAAAAACAUGAUGAGGGUUUCAGUAGUUUGUUGGGUUCAACAUUAGUGCUCAACCUACAGACACCUGAUUCAGAAAAUAUUAAAGUUUGGCAUCAAGAUGAAUCAAAUUGAGUUUGAAUAUGACUAUCCGAAUGACAGUGAAAUCUGUAGCAAGGACAACGUGGUUCAGUUUGAAUCGUCAGUCACUCCAGUUGUUUUCAUCAUUGUGGUUCUGUUCAGCUGUGUGGGGAACACGUUGGUCUUGUGGGUCCUUGUGAAAUAUGAAAAUCUAAAAUCUCUGACCAACACGUUCCUGUUCAAUCUGGCUCUCUCCGAUCUGAUUUUCACAUUCGGUCUGCCCUUUUGGGCCUACUAUUACAUGUACGGAUGGACUUUUGGAGAUGAGGCUUGUAAAGCGGUAAACUUCGUGUUCUACACUGGAUAUUACAGCAGCCUCAUCUUCCUCACAGUUCUGACCGUUCAUCGAUACAUAGCCGUGGUGCAUCCCAUGUCAGUGGUCUUAUCGCGGAAAAGUCUGCACUGCUACAUAACAUCUGCUAUCAUCUGGGUCAUGAGUAUUGGCGCUGCCGUUCCCCAAGCCAUGUUCAACUCAGUUGUGAACUACACAGAACAUACGACGGAAUCGACAAACAAAAUGAAUCUAAAAGUAAUCCAGUUCUGUGAUUUUGAGGGUCAGAUUAACUGGAAGCUCGCAGGUACAUACUUGCAAAAUUUCUUUUUCAUUUGUGCUUUCGUGGUCAUCAGUUUUUGUUACACUGAAAUCCUGGCACGACUGCUUCGACCGACAUCUCACACUCGGGCCAAGACCGUGUGGUUAAUCCUCUGCAUAGUGGUGUUUUUUUUCCUGGGAUGGGGACCGUACAAUGUGGCCAUAUUUCUGGACUCUCUGAUUGCUUGGGGAAUCUCUCCAUUCAAUGAAUGUCACGUCAGCAUCUCUAUCGACUAUUUGAUGUACGUAUCUCGGAUGGUGGCUUUCUCUCAUUGCUGCCUGAAUCCCUUGUUUUACGUCUUUGUGGGAAUCAAAUUCAGAAACCACUUGAAGAAAAUGAUAUGGACUGUUUGUAAGAAGGGCAGAGAGCCUCAGAAUCGACACAGCAAGCUUAUUUACUCGAACGGUGAAGAAAUAUCUAUGCAUUAACUGCCCAUGUUAGUGGUUUCAAAAUGACAGAGUUAAUAAAGUGGCCUUUUCAAAUGAUGUGAUUGAAAUCGGUGGAUGUAAAACUGCUUCUGCUACAAAUUAAAUGAAUUCAUGUAAAGUGUCUGUAAUUAAACAAAUGUUAAGAAUGUUUUAUUUUUUAUUAUUUUCUCAAACGUGCACAUGCCUGAUGCUGUUAGGAGGAUUGCUUUGCGGGCCCUUUGAUGUGUUUUAAAUGUUAGCUGUGGUCUUUUCCUUGGUAAGGGUGCUGGGGGCUUUUUUUUGGCCUGCAUCUUUAUUUGUCAGCUUUGAUUAACCAUGAAAAUAUAUAUUUGCAUUAUAUUUCUGCUACUUUCUCAUUUCAUGUUUAAAUUUGAUGUAUUUGUCAACUUGGUCAUAUUUCUAAAUUAAAAUGAUUACAUUCUCACAGCACAGAAAAUUUGUUUACAGGAGGUAAUGUACAUCCAAUUAAAAAAACGUAUAUUUUUAUUAGCAAUGCAAAUAGAACAUUUCAGUACAAACACAGAAACCCUCAGUUUCAUCAAAGUACAUUAUAUUGUGAAAACUGCAAUAAUAUAAUUUAUUCUAAUUACCAUGUAUUAUAUACUUAGUUUUUCUACUACAUCUUUCUACGGUAUAUGCAAGCUGCUUUGCAUCAGUGCAAAAUUGUGAAAAGCACUAUAGAAUUUAAUUGCAUUUAUGUUUGCAUUAUAAGUCACUUAUGUCAUGACAAUAAACUCAUUUU